CCGCCAUCUUUACGCCAUCCCAGCGCAGCCGGUGGGGCGGAACAGCACUCGUCGACUCAGUUGGUUUCCAGGAACCACCGACAAACUUGGCACACCGUCGCGUUAUUUCCACUAAAUAUUUGUCAGUUUAUUUAGUGCGCUAUUCUACCUGGACCUCGAUCUACAAUGGGAGAGCGAGAAGACCUAGUUUAUCAUGCAAAGCUUGCCGAGCAGGCAGAGCGAUAUGACGAGAUGGUGGUGUCAAUGAAGAAAAUGGCAAGCAUGAACGUAGAGCUCACAGUGGAGGAGAGAAACCUACUAUCAGUGGCCUACAAAAAUGUGAUUGGAGCUCGGAGAGCCUCCUGGAGGAUAAUCAGCAGUAUCGAACAGAGGGAAGAGAACAAGGGUGGAGAGGAUAAACUGAUGAUGAUUCGGGAAUACAGGCAAAUGGUUGAGAAGGAGCUGAAAUCAAUCUGUGGUGACAUUCUGGAUGCACUGGAAAGGCACCUACUCCCCUCUGCUGUGAUGGGGGAGUCUAAGGUCUUCUACAACAAAAUGAAGGGUGACUACCACAGGUACUUGGCAGAGUUUGCCACCGGCAACGACAGAAAGGAGGCAGCAGAAAACAGCCUGGUGGCCUACAAAACUGCUACCGAUCUAGCCAUGACAGAGCUGCCUCCCACACACCCUAUCCGCCUCGGUCUUGCCCUCAACUUCUCCGUCUUCUAUUACGAGAUCCUCAACUCGCCUGACCGCGCUUGCAGGUUGGCGAAGGCUGCCUUUGAUGACGCCAUCGCAGAACUGGACACACUAAGUGAAGAAAGCUACAAGGACUCCACACUUAUCAUGCAGUUGUUACGCGACAACCUGACACUAUGGACUUCAGAUAUGCAGGGAGACGAAUCCUAAAGGAAACAAACCUGACUGUUCAUUUCCCAUGUUAACUGUACUUUAUGUGCAACAAAAAGAAGCACUGCAAGAUGUUGAGGAUGAGACCCAGUGAGACCACGUCACAAACAGCCAAUAACUUGAGACCCUCCCUUCACCUCCUCACACUCCUCAUUCCUCCACCUUCCUCCUUCCCCACCCCGAUCAUUUUCCCUUCCUGCAAGUCACCACCUCCUUUUCCUUUCUUCCACCUUCGCAGCUCUGUGACCCAGCAGGGCCACAGACUUUACAGCAACUUUAUUUUUCUCUUCUUUUUUAUUUUUAUAUUAGCCCUUACACCAUUCAAGUAAACACCACUUAAUUGAGACAGGAAAUACAAUGUUAGAAAGAGAGAGAGUCCCUGGAUUAAUUUUUUUUUCUUGUCCUGGUACAAACAGAUCUGAAACAUUAUCUUGUUUUCUUUUGUUGUAUUUUUGUUUUUCUUUUUUUUUCCUCAAUAUUUUUAUCAGUUGCUGGAUGUAUUGAGAAUUUUUUCUUAAUGUAAUUACAGAAAUUAACUUUUAUUACUGAUAAUGUUGACUAUUAGUUAUGGGAGCUAUUUUAUCUGUUUUUAGUGUUAUGUCAUGCAAAUCAUUUACCUUUUUAUGGGCAAUUUGAAAAACUAAAAGUGCCCUUGUUAACUUUAGGUUUUCAGAGGAAGUUGGCGAAAUUCGUGAUAUCCACGUGGAGCAAAGACGUGCUAAACUUUUACAUCAUAGUGAUUCUGUUGUCAGGUGUCUAUGUAGUUGUUCUUGGACUGUAUUUUGUGCUCAUAUACUGUAACUGUUUUCACAUGAAUCUCUGGAGGGGGAUGAUAGGUAGCUGGUGGUUUUAAUUUAACAAAAAAGGUAAAAAAAAUACUUGGAAGGUUUCUUGUGUAAAAGAUGAGACUAAAUUUGGACCCGCUCCUCAACAGAGACUCAAGUUGUGUUUGCAUGAGUUAACACGUUUUCUUUUCCCUUACUUCUUAGCAAAGCUCUAGUGUUAGAAGUUUUCUUCUUUCAGUUUUGUUUCUCUGCUCUUUUUCUUUUCCACUUCAUUAUGUGUAAUUUGGAGCUGAUUUGUACUACUGGAUAUCUGACUGGAGCCACAGACAGGGAAUCUGUAUUGUUCUUACUGAUACACAGCAUGGAAUUAACAUUAAACAACCUAAAUUAAACAUUACAAA